AUGCCGGCUGCUUGCAGUGCGUGCUCUAGGCCGCACUUUGUUGAGGAAGGAGGGUUGUGCCGUGCCUGUGUCCUCCUCAGGAAGAUCGGCCAGGAACUGCGAUUUGCUCCCCAUAGCCGGCUUGAGGCAACGAUUGCAGUAUCUUGGCUGGAAAGCGCUUUGAGAGGCCUUGAGGUCCUUCGUGACGCUUCUCACUUCCAGGAGGAGGAAUCCCCAGGAAACAGGCACGGUCUUCAAUCCCUACCACCUCGACAUAGCAGUGGAGGAGCAUCUACAGAGGACAACAGGGUGCAGCCUAGGGUGAGGACAGAGGAUAGGAGAGAGGUUGAGGAGGAGGUGGUGCCUGAGGAGUCUAGGCAGAGGAGAGAGAGGAGAAGGGAGCAGGACGGAGGUGAUCGAGGAGGUGAGGACACUGGAUGGUUCGACCUGGAGGAGGACAGAGAGAGGUGGCUGAUGAUGGGUGUCUUCGCCGGAAGGGUAUUGAUUUGUGCUGUAGAAUGUGGAGGAAAGCGGCUUCCAGUUCCCCUCUUCGUGAAGUUCGACCAGGUAUUACGAGAUGGCAGCAUAGCAGCAGAGGUGGUCUCCCUAGGCACCACAGACAGCAAGGAGAGCCGGCAGCUCACGAGCUUGAACAAGACCUUGAAGCAGGUUCACAUUUGCAACGAGGUCGAAUGCCGCAGCUCUGGGAACUACCUAUGCCAUGCCAAGGCCCUCUCCGUCAUCCCCGGUCAGGAGCUCAAGAAGGGUUACCUAGGCCCCUCUGGCUACAAACGAUGGGUGUCGCUUUGCCAAGAAGUAUUAGGUAUAGAGGUUGGAGGGGUUGCAGGAGAAGAAGAACCCGAAGAGCCUGCCGAGAGGUCAGUGUUGCGACCCAGUGCACUUCGUCGUACCAGAGAUGCAAGGGGCGACCGGGGAGAUCGACAUCCUAUUUUUGUAGGAGACGAGGAGGUUGGCAUCGACCUGAGCGGCCGCGAGAUCGAGAGAGGUGCAGAGGAGAAGGAGGUCACAGAAGAGAGGUCAGAGAAGAGAGACAGAGGAAGACGCAAGGUUACAGAGGCCCUCUCGGACCUGAAGUCCAAACUACGGGAAAGCCUGAGCAGUCCUGGCGAGGGCGCUCCAGUUGGGGCUGGUUUGACAGAGAAAAAGACGCCCGCCGCAUCGUCACCUGCAGUUCCAAAGAAGCCCAAGACUGGGCCUCAGAACUUGAGCCUUGGAAUGGAGACUACAUCUACGGCAGUGAAGGAGAAGUUGAAGGAGGCAUUGGAGGAGCAAAGAGAAGAUUCUUCGAGUGGCAAGAAACCGAGUUCGCCUAUGGAGGCGGCGAAUCGAGCGUCGGGGUCAGGAGGAUCUUCGGACGACGAGGACGAGGAGGACGAGAGCACAGAGGAGUCGACAGAGGGCGAGAGCAGCGAGGAGAAGAAGGCGCGGCGGUUGCAGGCGCCUCUCAAGAGGAAGAGUCAAAAGAAAAAGGGCAGCGUUAUUCUACUCCUCUUGCAGCAGAUUGCCGAACAGAUGCAGGACAUUGCAACCUUGUCGGAGGACCUCCUCACAAGCGGGCCAAAGGUGGGCACGUACUGGCAGAUCAACCUCAAGCAUCGAUAUCACCAAGGACAUCCUGCCCUGAGGGAGCUCUACUUGUUGGCGACGGUGAUCGACCGCAUCAGAGGAGGUCAGCUUCUAGAGGCAUUGGAUGCUUUGGCCGGCCGCUUCAUCGCGGUGGAGGCGGCCACCCACGACGGUUGGAACGUCGCCCGGCACCUCGAAGUGGCCGUUCCAUCAGAGCAGGCAAUAGCCCCAGCCGAACUCCACUUGGCCGCCCGGCGACAUCAGAACAUGAUCUACAAAGCACAAGGCUUCGAAGGAAAAGGUUCGAUUCGUUUGGUGGAUUGGGUUAGUGCAUCAACGAGAAGGUUGCUGGAGAAUCCGUCCCUAACAGAGGUCGAGGACGUUGGACAACCGGUUCCCAGGCUUCAAGGUCGUGUCAAUGUUCGUGAAGGGGAAAGGAUGCAUGUGGCCUCGCUUUUGGUGGAGAGAGGGAUUUGCAAGUGGUACCCCGAAGAUGAGGUCUUUGAGUUCAGGGGCACAAAGGUGAAGAAUGGGCUGUUUGGGGUGGUGAAGCCCGGACGUGCCGUCGGAGGAGUCGAGACACUGCGGGUCAUCAUGAACCUCAUCCCAAGCAAUGCGCUUCACUCUGUCAUUCCGGGGUCAGUUCAUCGGCUUCCUACCAUUAGUCAGUGGACCUCGAUUUUCUUGGGGCCGGGCGAGAGGAUAGAAGUGAGCCAGGCAGAUAUCACAUCUGCUUUCUACCUGUUCGAACUGAGACAGAGGCUGCGUCAAGGCGAGAGAGGAUGGAUAGGCGCAGAGGCUGAGAGGUUAGAGAAGACCAUGAAGCUUAGAGCAGUCGGAAUUGCAGAGGAGGUGACGUGGCUGGGAAGAGACUUCGUCUACUUUGACAGCCACGAGGAGAACCAAGGAAAGAAGGUACAUCGCCCCGCUAGGCGAGUGGUGGGGCGACGAUGGCCCGACAGCCUGGAGUUCGAUGACGUCCGAGCAGUCGAUCGAAAGAUCAUUGAGGAGUGGAUAGCAAAGGCUGGAGACAUCGUUUUCUUGCCUUUUCUUCGAAAGAAGUUGUCUUACAGCUGGCACCUCUUCGGCCUGUGGAGAAAGAGUGAGAAGUGCUGGCAGGCCUCGGUGCGGCUCUGCACGAAGGAAGGAUGGUCGGCCUUACACUUGGCGGCUGCCCAAGGCGCUGCCGAAGUGUGCUUGCAGUUGUUGGAGUGCCCCUUCUUCACUCAAAUCUCUGAGCCCGACUAUGAGGGCGCAACAGCACUUCAUCGAGCAGCCCAGGCUGGCCAAGGCGAAGCGUGCUUCGUGCUGUUGGAACAUCCCAACUUCACCAUGGUGAACAGCCAGGAUUUCCAGCAACGCACAGCGUUGCACUUGGCAGCUGAACAUGGCCAAGUAAAGGCUGCAGAGGUCUUGUUGAAGCACGCUCGCUUCACCUCCGCUGGGAAGUGCCAGCGGGAUGGGAUGACAGCGCUUCAUGUGGCGGCCAAUGGAGGCCUGAGAUACGCCACGGGUGUGCGGUCCAUGCCAAAAGAGGAGAAGGAACAUGAACUGAUCCAACAGCUUGAAGAUGAAGAUGUGAUGCCUUCGCUGCACGAUUUGCUACACGACAACAACCUUGCCUCGACGCCCUUCCCGUCACCAAGCACGCCGCGCGUCGCGUCUGGGUGGAGCAGCUUCGGCUUCCUCGAGGACGUGGCAAGUGGCCUCCUAGAAGAGGAGAUGGAGUCCACGGAGGAGGGCUGCAGCGGCGGCUACGCGAAGACCACGAACUUGCUCGGUUCAGGAACGUAUGGUACUGUCUAUGAGGCUGAGAAGAAGAUUGAUGAGAAGUGGUAUAAAAAAAGGCAGAGACAGCGCGGCUUUGCUUUGAAAAUUGCAAAGGAGGACCGCCAUAGCAUCAGAAGCGUGCAGAAAGAGAUGGCUGUGCUGGAUGAUGUGGGUACUUGCGAAGGUGUUUUGCCCAUGAUCGACAAGUCUCCCUGCGUGGAUGGAAAGAAGAUGCCGAACUCCUAUGUGACCAAGAUGUAUGCGGGCGACCUGCACCAGUGGUGGAAAGCAACGCCCAUUAUGACACGCGUGCACUGCUACCGGACAGUCUUCAACCAGGUGGCGACCGGCCUGAACUGCAUGUUCGACAGAGGGUGGAUUCACGACGACAUCAAGGCGGCCAAUAUCCUCUACGAAGGCAUCGAUGCGAAGGGCUGUCCGGAAGGACUGGCCUUGGCCGACUUCGGCCUCGCCGUCCAGAUUGGCAAACCCAUCAGUGCCUUCAAUGAAGAAGAUUACAUGUCGGCCUUCUAUAUUGUCGAAAGCCUCUUCUAUGGCAUGAAGGAUCCCCUGAAGAUCGUCCAGAGCUUUACGCUGCAGAACGGCCGCUCCGUGCUCAUGCCCACGGCCGACCCGAAGAUCGACCUGUGCUCUCUCGCGUUCAUGAUUUAUCGCAUUUGGAACAAGUACGAAGAACCUGGCCUCCAAAAGAAGUUGGGCGCUGGUGCCUGUGGCCCCAUGGGCCCUGGACGCACCAAACUCCUUCCCUGA